CGCCGUUCUUGGGGUAGUUGCCACUGCAGCUGCCAUCAUCUCAAGCUAAUCCUCUGACGUCCUAAACUCUAAACUGUUGUCCAUUGUUUGUUUCUCGGUCGUACGAGGCUGGACGGUCCUGUUGCCUGAUCGCUGAUUUGAGAUUUCCGAGCAUAUACGGCUCGUGAUAUCCCCAAUGCUAGCAUUAACAUAAGGGGCAGGCGUACGUAGAGACAACAUCCGCUUCCUCACCCCGCGCACUUGCCGCAGCGGCGAAAAAGAGCAGCAUGGCGGCGCCAGUUGGAUCCUCCGUCUUCUUUGCCAUCGCGCUGCUGGUCAUAUGCUUGCUGGUCUUGUUGCUCAUACGUUACUACCUUCCGCUGCGCUCGACACCGGAAUACGUGUUGGUGCCCGUCUUUCUCGCGCUUGUGCUACCAUGCAGUAUCAUUUUGCUAGUGCCUAUCGAUCUCGCUUCACACGCCGUAACCGAAGAUGAGACGGCAAGAGGCAUUUGGCUUCCAGAUAGGCCAAUACGUGUGUCUUGGAGAAUCUCGUACUGGCUGACGUUCAUACUGACGUGGAUCGCACUGCCGAUGCUGGGUGAAUACUGUGAUUCUGGAUACAGAGAACCAAAAGACCGUCUCCUCUAUUCGCUACGAUCAAAUGCCCGCUACCAGCUUACCGUGUUGUCUGUUGGCGUCCUCGGCGCGAUAUACUUCUUCAUCAACGAAGGCUUCCACUUCAAUACUUUGAAGGGUCUGGUCAUGGCGCUGGCGUAUGCAUGGGGCUUGAUUCUUGCUAUAUACUUGAUGGGCCACGGCAUGGUUUCCAUUCCAAGACGGCUUUUUCAUGACGCCAGCGUGAGCAGGAGAUUGCGCAGGCUACAGUCGCACGCACCCAAAAUUUGGGAGAAGCUCAUGGAGGCGACUGAAGAGCUUCAAGAGCAUGAGGCACAAGUGACCCAACUCAAAUCAAGAAAGAAUGGCACAGCUCGUGAUUACAGAGAAUGGAUAGAGGACCUGGUCGAUAUGGUGGCCACGCCAGAUACGAGAGUCACUGCAGCGACAGCAGCUCUGCCUGCUGCCCGAGCAAACGUGCCAAACGUCAUUACCGAUCGCUAUCUCGCCGAUCUCACACGCAAGUUGAAAAGAGCACGGCAUAAGAAGUUGCGUUAUCUGUCCGAAUGGGAACAUCUCGUCCACCUGGCUACGCGCACCCAGACUAUUCUAGACUCAAACUCGUCACGUAAACUCGACUUCGGUAAGCCCUCAGCAUACUCGCCGUUCUACGAAAGGAUCACAAUCCUCACGCCUUAUACACGCUACCUAAUGCACACAAAGCUUAUACCAGGUCUGUACUACCUCGCUUGUGUAAUCACGACGUUGGCAUCCAUUUGUGUAAUCUGGUCUGAAGUUGUUCACCAGAUUGGGGCCUCCAAGUUCUCUCUCAUCGGGCUCACCACGAUACAUCACCCUAAUUCCUCUCGCGGGGAGAUCGGUUUUGCGGGUCAAUUCUUGGCUGCGGCGUGGUUAUGCUACAUGUGUGCAUGCGCCUUGUGGUCUAUCACCGAAGUUAAGGUGUGGGGCAACCGUGCACUGGUUCGACGCGGUACCUAUGAGGAGAGCGCUUGCUGGUAUGCAGGCCAAGUAGCCAAGCUCACUGUACCUCUUAGCUACAACUUUGUCACAAUGAUGCCCAGCAAGAUCCAUGAAGCGACCGUCUUUUACUCGUUCCUCGGUCAGCUUGUGGAUUUGACACCUCUAGGAAAAGGAUUCAGCGGGUUUUUCCCCAUUCUGGUUCUCCUCCCAGUCCUGGCGAAUUUGUUUGGACUCUACAAGAAGGUCAGGGGAAUGUUCGGCCUAGAUGAUUUGAUUGACGAAGAAGAGGAAAUUGGCGGGUGGCGCGAAGGCCGUAACCUUAUCGAGCGCGAAAUUAGGGGACAUAACGAAUCAGUUGGCCUCACUGCGCGCACAGAGGAUUCACCAUCAUUUAAUUCGCCUCGAGGGGGAAGUCUUGACUUUCAGCGGCCUUCCUUACGCUCUACAGUUCUUCCUUCACAAUCAAGUGAAGGACGAACCUCAACCAGAAGUUCAAGUCCUCGUCCUCCACGACAGCCAAGGCAGGUUGCCUCGUACUCUGAUGAGGAAGAGGACGGAAAUUUCUUCACAGAAUUUGCACACAGAGUGCGGAAUACUUUUGAGAGCGCAGACAAGCCUGUGUGGAUGAUAGAGGGCUUUAAGAGGCCAAAGUGGCUUGGUGGACAAGAUCGUGGUGGCAGCGGCAGCAGUGAAGGAAUUUCAAGAUGGUUUGGUCGGCCGCCGGAGGGAAGAGUGAGACUGUAAGGUUAUGUCGAUAGACACGUAAUUCUUGAGCCUUCAGGACUGGAAGGCCAGUGUUUGUUGUCUAGGUCACAUUCUAUCUCAGGACGUGCUAGUACGAUUGACUUUUGCCUGGCCUUGCGUUUCCUCCGAGCUCGCUCUGACG